AUGAAGCGUGUAAACACAGCAACAGCUGAAGAGGACAACGAAAAUUCAAGUGAUUCCUAUGAUUCAAACCAUGAUGAAAGUAACCCAAGUACAAAAGGAGCGACUUCGACUGAUGAACCAACGAAAAGUAGAAAAACUGUGUCUCUAAAGAAGGCGAAACUGCCGAAACCUGCCCAACGGUUUCAAAAUUCUUGGCUCUCUGAGAAUCAGUUUAAGGACUGGCUAGAAAAGCGAGCUGGAUUUCCCUACUGUAAACUUUGUGAUUGCAAACUAUCCUGUGCAAAAACUGCUCUGAGACGACACGUGGAGAACAAGAAGCAUAACGAGAUAAGCCAAAUAAAACGACAAGUCACGCGUCCACUAAGCUUGUUGUUGGGAUCCAAGGAACGGGCAGCACGAAUGGAAAUAAAACUUUGCCAUUUCAUCGUUGAAAAAACCCUUCCUCUGAGCAUAGUGGAUGACCUAUUGCCUGUCCUCAGGGACCUUUUUCCGUCCGACGAAACUCUGCACCAAGUAACCCUGGGAAAGCAAAAGGCUACUAACAUUAUACGCCAAGUACUGGGAUUUCAUUCUAUUGAACUUUGCGUGUCAAAGCUAAGAGCCAACAAGUUUUCGUUGAUUAUAGACGAAACAACUGACCGGUCCACCACAUCGCAGCUUGCAAUACUGGGAAUCUUCUUUGAUGAACAUAAUUUUAGACUUGAAACAGUAAUGAUUGACUUGAUACCAUUACCAAAUGGUGCGGCAGCUACUAUUUAUGAAAGUCUCAUCAAGAGUUUGAAGGACAAAGACAUCCCCAUGAGAAAUGUCAUAGGCUUCUGCGCUGAUACCUGCAAUGUCAUGUUCGGGGUAAAUCACUCAGUGGCCCAAAUGCUGGUGCGUGAUUAUCCCUGGAUUGUAGCGGUAAAGUGCUCAUCCCAUUUAAUCCAUCUGUGCAGCUCAUACGCCUCCACGAAGCUUCCGAAGUCUCUUGAAGAUCUUUGCAGGAAUAUAUACUCGCAUUUUAGCCUGUCCAGCAAGAGAACUGUGGCAUUUAAGGAGUUUCAGGGGUUUUUCAAGCUGGAAGAACUGAGAAUUUUAAAGCCAGGUAUAUUAAUAUCUAAUAUAUUAUGUUUGAACAUGUUUUGGUAUUUUUCAUUGUCUCGUUCACUUAUUUUACUGUAUUUCUUUUACAAAUCUAGUUCAGACUAGAUGGUUGUCUAUGAAGUUAUGUGUGAAACGAAUCCUGGAACAGUAUGCUGCAUUAAAGUUGUACUUCACCAAUGUUGUAUUUGAAGACCCUACCCACACAAAUGAUUUAAUACUGGAGAGAUUGAACAACAAAUUCACUGAAGCCUACUUGGAGUUCUUGGACUACAAUUUGGGCAGGUUGGUGUCUUUUAAUGUUCUUUUCCAAAGCGAAAUGCCACUACUGUAUAAGCUUAAAGGGGAAGUCGAGAAGCUAAUAAAGGCACUCUGUUUUGACUUUAUGGAGGUAGCCUUUGUGAGGAGCACUGAUGCUUUCAAUAUUGAUCCCUCCAGAAGUGAUAAGCAGGUUCCGCUAAAUCAAGUGUACCUCGGUAUUGCAGCAACUGACACUUUCUUUACCAUUAGAGCUGAACUUGGAAAUGAAGAUGCUGGUAUUUCUGUUGUUUACUCUCAUUGCAGAGAUUUUUUGGUUGAAGCAGUGAAACAGAUUCAAAGUCGGUUUAGUGACUGCAAAAACCUAGAUGCGCUUUCAUGCCUUUCCCCAAAUGUUGCUUAUAAUCUGAAGAUUCCUUCACUGAGUGGUUUGUACAAGAAAAUGCCAAUCCUCGCAGAUGUUGCUGAUUUACAAAGCAUUGAUGAAGAAUGGAGAAGUCAUUCACUGAACCCAGACUUGAAUGAGCAACUCAGUGCGGAAGAAUACUGGCAUGAGAUAUUCAAGGAGAAAAACUGUUUGGGUGAGCAGGCAAAGCCAAAUUUGGUAAAGGUUGUGAAAUUGCUCCUGUCUUUGCCAUAUUCUAAUGCAGCAGUCGAGCGAGUAUUUAGUCAACUUAAGUUGAUUAAAACUGAUCACAGAGCUAACCUUAAGCAUGAAAGUUUACUAGCUCUGUUAACCACAAAGAUGACAAUCCUGAAAUCAAGCUCAUCAGAGAGUAACAGUUGUAAAACUGUUAAACUUGAUUGCACUAAGGAAAUGCUAAGUCUUCACCAUGUCAUGAAAGCAAAUGCUGAUGAUGAUGAUGUCACUACACUGCGAAAAGAGUUUAUAAAAAAACUGAAAACAGACUAG